AAAGUAUCUGUCUACGCGGCGGCCCGGAAUGGAAGAUUUUGAGAAGGCCAUCCUUGUUGUGUUUGACCAAGGUCAGUCGGUCUCCCCGGAUGUUCGCGCUCAGGCCAACACCUUCUGCGACGCUAUUAAGAGUCGGCCCGAUGGCUGGCGAGUCUGCUGGGACCAGUUCCUGCAUAGCAACUGCUUGCAGGUCAAGUUCUGGUGCUUGCAGACGGUGCCGCAGGCGAUACCCGCGCUCGCCCCGGGGGCCAGGUCGGAGCUCCGCGGCCAGGUGCUGGCCUGGCUCAGAGACGUCGCGCCCUCGCGGCAGGAGGAGGUGGUCAUCAGGAACAAGAUAGCUCUGGUGUAUGUCUGGCUGCUGCGGACGGACUACCCGGCCGGCUGGCCGACCGGCUGGAAGGACCUAGUAAGCCUCCUCGACAAGGGCCCUGCCCUGGUGGACAUGUUCCUCCGCAUCCUGGCAGUUUUCGACCAGGAGGCCUCGCGGGGAUGGGGUAGAGGACAGGCAGCUCAGCCAGACCAUCAAGCACGCCAUGAGGGAGCAGGACGUUCUGCACCUUGCGGAGUGCUGGUACAUGAUCCUGGGGACCUACAGGCAGCCGAUGCCCCAGCUGGUCAUCGACUGCCUGAAGG